AUGUCGCCCUACAGGCUCGUGUUUGGCAAGAUGUGCCAUCUCCGGGUCGGUGUGGAACAUAGAGAAUAUUGGGCGGUCAGAGAGAUGAAUAUGAAGCCCCAGGCCUAUGGAGAGGAGAGAAAGAUCCAACUACAAGAGCUAGAUGAAUUGAGACUUGAGUCAUACGAUGUUGCGAUGUGGUACAAGGAGAAAACCAAGUUGUGGUACGACAAAAACCUCCAGGUCAAGGAGUUGCAGGUUGGCCAGAAAGUGCUCCUGUUUCAAUCACGGUUAAAGCUGAUGCCUGGAAAGCUAAAAUCUAAGUGGAUAGGACCCUACAUGAUUGUUAGCCUCAGAGCAAAUGGAACUGUGGAAAUUCAGAGAAGGGCAUCUAACUCUACUCCUUUCCUUGUUAAUGGUCACAGAGUUAAAGUGUUUAGGGAUAGUUCAGAGUUGUGUGUGGUGGAAGAAAUUCCACUACGCAUGCUCCCUAUCGCCUAA